AUAACCUAAAAAUCACAGCCACACUCCCCGCAUCUUCUCCUUCUCCCCUCCCUCCCUUCCCUCCCACGAACGUCCUCAGAUUCCUCCUCCAUUCACGCGGAUUUCCUGAUCGGCUCCAACGAAUCCGAUCCGAUCCCUUCCUCCGACUACUGCUCUCGUUUGCACCUCCGGAUUCCGCGAUUUCUCGAGACCUGUGCGAUCCGGCGAGGUAAGUCCGGAAGGGCCAUAUGGCGUCUUCGGGGACGUUGAGCUUGAUCGAGCGAGCCCACCAGAUGUAUCGCGACGUUCGGUACGAGGUGGCCCUCGGCUUCUACACGGAGGCCCUCGCCAUGGCCAAGACGAAGCCCCAGAGGAUCGCUCUGCACAGCAACAGAGCCGCUUGCUAUCUCAAGCUGCACGAUUUCAAGAAGGCAGCUGAAGAGUGUACUUCUGUGCUUGAGCUUGAUCACAAACAUACAGGAGCACUGAUGCUACGGGCGCAGACCCUGGUUACCCUGAAGGAGUAUAACUCGGCGCUCUUUGAUGUGAACAGACUCAUUGAGUUGGAUCCUUCAUCGGAGGUGUACAGGAAUCUUGAAUCUCGUUUGAGGACCCAACUGUCAUUGGCUCCAAUACCUGAAUCUGAGGCAGAGCUAGAAGAAGAUGAAGAAGAAGGAGAGAAUGAAUCUGAUAUCAAAGGAGAUGAAGCAGAAAUAUGUCAAGAUGUAGGACUUAAUGCAGCUGGCUCAGCUCAAGGAACAGAUCAGGAUAAAGAGUUUGACAUGACAAAUCUUGCUCAGUCUGUCUCUAGUGAAGUACAGCCUGAGAAGGAAUCAUAUGAACAAAGAGAUGAUGGGAAGGCUGAUCGCAUCGAGACUAUUCCCACCACAGAAGUCAAUGUCCCUAAUGCCCAAUGCACUAAGGAUGAUUCUAAAGGAUGGCAAGCGAUCCCUAAACCAAAGGGGCACUCAACGCUGGACUAUGCUCGUUGGGACAGAGUUGAAGAUAAUUCUAGUGAAGAUGAUGAUGACGACGAUGAUGACGAGUGUCGGUAUCGCUUCUGUGUAAGAACAGUCGGUGUCCGUCCGGUGAAAUAAUUUCCCGUUUACUCGAGACAUAUCUGAUCCCUACAUUUUUCGUGGGAAAAAGGUUAUUAAGUCAAAGCUGUGCAGAUCAGGUGACUUUGUUCACAAAAAUAGAGCUUUGCCUGAUUUCAGUCCCUGUGAGUGAUGUGCACAAUAAACAUGAUGAUUCCCAUGGUGUACAAAAUGGAGAUCGAUUCUUUUGCACUGGGUUCUCAGAUCUGUUUUAAUGGUCUAGGCAGUACAGCUUUUGUACAGGAAAUAAGGUGGGGUUAUUGUGGUGUGAUUGAGAUGCUGCAUGGUGUUGACUUUGAACUUCUUUAUUCAUUUGAUCAAAAGCUCCUGAAGUGCUUCUUUUGUCAUGUAA